AGCUCGAUAAACAUAUUGUAUGACUUGUCCCUCACUUGCAUUGUUUAAGGAUGAGUUUUAAAGGAAAAGCACUUAAUAUCGGUAUCAUAUUUCCUGACAUUUUCCCAAGGAUGAUGCCAUUGGGAGUCGACCAUCUUCAAACACCAUGGACACCAUUGUGACGUCACGCUAUUGUCGCUGCAUAAGCAUUUGCCGGCAAGACGUGCUUUUCAGAAGCAGACGAAUUUCGUGAAAUUCUACAGCUAUUGUGCUCAAAAUGGACCAAGAAGAGAUUCGACUUGCACCGGAAUGGUGUGGCCCCAAAUGGUUCCAGAAACCAAAAGAGGAGAGACUAGCAUUCCUUGGAUUGCGGGUUUCGCCGGGGACGUCCACAGCUCUGGAGUCUGCGCCCAGCACUGACAGGACUCCAGCAGUGAAUGAGAGGACUCGUGCUAGCACUGUGACGAGAUUCAGAGAGAUGGUGAAGUCUACAACAGCAGAAUAUGCCCUAGAUGAUACAGAGGGACCUCCAUCAGCAUCGAUCCUCAACUCCAACGUGGGAAAUCUCAACGGCGCCACUCAUACAGAGGCAACAUGGGGCACAUCUGGGGACAGAGAAUUGGGUGCAUACGCAUGUCUGAGCAAGAAAACAACAUGCAUUCAAGAACCAGGGGCGCACGCAACAACAUCCAAGUGGACAGAGAUGGCAAUGCUCCUGCAGGACACUGACAUGGACGGACAACAACAUCUUGUGCAGUUUUGUCAGUCUCCCCAGUCAAGCCCAAGACAGCAGCCUCGUUGUCGCUGGACCAAAAUGGUCACGGACCUAUUGGAUACCGACACCAGCCUUUCUUUGACCAAGGAGGAUGUUCUUGGUGAUGGUUUUGAGGAGCGGGGUUCCUGUGAUUCUUUCCUUCCAUCUGAAAUCUUCUUUAAAUCUCUUUUCGGCUCUGACUUUGAAAUUCCAGUCCUCUAUAAAUUAAUCAACCCACCAAUAAUUCCAAGUUCAGUGGUCAGGAACGAUACACUGAAGUGUGGCGUGUUACCCGUUGUUCUGGGAAGAGGUUCAUUUGGUCGUGUCAUUAGGGCCAAACUCACCGCCAGCCAUGGAGACAUCCAGAACAUUGUGGUGAAAGAAAUCUUUGACUGUAAAAAUCGGGUCGAUGCCAUCUUAGAUGAAGCCAGAAUACUGCUGUACCUUUCAAGGACUGGUUACGUCCCUUCAUGUUUUGGGGUAGUGAGUAAUGGCGGCGUAGGGGGAGCCUUUGGUAUUCUGAUGGAGUGUGUUGGGGACGGUCUGACCCUGGAGAGGUACCUGUGGGACAGGAAAGGCAGACUGGCACCCAUAUGUCUACUUCAAAUUGCCAGACAACUUGCUGAGGGACUUCGAGAGAUGCACAAUAUGGGUGUGCUCCUCAACGAUAUCAAGGCCAACAAUGUUCUGUUAGACAACACAAGUGGCAUUCCAAAAGUCAAAUACUGUGACUUUGGUCAAGCAAGAUAUGGGCAUGGGGUAACAAUCUCGGGGAGAAUCACUGACAAGCGGUACCUUUACCUGGCCCCCGAGGUUCGUAAUGGUGGCGUGUCUUGCAUGAAGUCAGAUGUUUAUAGUGUAGGGUUUCUGUUCAUGGUACUCUCAGACUUUGGAGGAUUUGAUGCGCUUGUACCAGCAGUGAAACGCUGUAUGGUGGAAGACAUUAGUCUCAGGAUCAACGCUGAGGACUUGGCUGUCAUGGCCGACAAGAUCUUCAACGAUCACCUUGAAAUAUAUGUGUUGUCUGAUGGUAGGAUACAGACUAAUCUUGAGAGGACUGCUUUCGACAAGGGAGACAGGACAGCUGAAUGUCCAAGUAACAAGAUGGGAAUUGCUCUUGAUGAAAAUGAAAAUGUCCUGCGUGCCGGCAUGGUAUGUAGAUCCAGGACACCGUCUCCACGGGGCUCUUUGAAUUCACAAGCAAACCUCAAGCAUAACUCAGAUGUAUCGAGUGAAAGCAAAACGGCCGCCUCGUGUAUGGACAUAUGUUCAGUGUCCAUCUCAGUGUAUGAAGUACACACAAGUCGCUCCCUGUCUUCCGUCAGUAGUGAUGACUCACCUACUCCAUCCGAACAUGGUGUCCGGAUAUCUUCAUGCCGUGUACAAAGAUGCUCAGCUCCCUGUCUGUUUACCCAGUACGAUGCAGAUGAUGAACUAUCUAGUGAUGAAAGACAAUGCCAGAUUAUAACGUCCAAGAGGCCCACUAAACUCCAUGCAGAUUAUGAGCUAUCUAGUGACAGUUAUUUGACCACUGUACGCAGAGGGCGCUGCAGCGUCUCACCUUGUCACGUGUCGCUUGUCAGUCUGGAGCCGGGCAUGAACAGCUCCACUUCUGACGUGAUGUCCACUACAAGCUACCACUCGGGUUUAUCAGCAUGUCUAUCUGUGUUUAAGGACUCUGAAGAGGAGGAAGUAUUUCACGAUCCUCUACAGUUUGAAAACUUUGAAUCAAUGGCCCUUAUCAUUCUAAUUAUUGUAUGUAUCGCCGUGUUGUUAAAAUUGUUUAUAUUAAUCUGCAUGUAAAUAUUAAUUUCUGUUAAUUGUCAAAAUCGAGUUACUGUUCUUCUGUUACUUUUAUUAUUAUAAAAUACACAUAUGUUAUAAUUUUCAACAUAACUGUGUCCA